CCAUCACCAUCCCCACAGUACACAGAGACCUCCAUCACCAUCCCCACAGAACAUGGUGAGACCUCCAUCACCAUCCCCACAGAGCAAGUGAGACCUCCAUCACCAUCCCCACAGAACACAGAGACCUCCAUCACCAUCCCCACAGAGCAGGUGAGACCUCCAUCACCAUCCCCACAGAACACAGAGACCUCCAUCACCAUCCCCACAGAGCAGGUGAGACCUCCAUCACCAUCCCCACAGAGCAGGUGAGACCUCCAUCACCAUCCCCACAGAACACAGAGACCUCCAUCACCAUCCCCACAGAACAUGGUGAGACCUCCAUCACCAUCCCCACAGAGCAGGUGAGACCUCCAUCACCAUCCCCACAGUACACAGAGACCUCCAUCACCAUCCCCACAGAGCAGGUGAGACCUCCAUCACCAUCCCCACAGUACACAGAGACCUCCAUCACCAUCCCCACAGAACAUGGUGAGACCUCCAUCACCAUCCCCACAGAACAUGGUGAGACCUCCAUCACCAUCCCCACAGAACAUGGUGAGACCUCCAUCACCAUCCCCACAGAACAUGGUGAGACCUCCAUCACCAUCCCCACAGAGCACAGAGACCUCCAUCACCAUCCCCACAGAGCAGGUGAGACCUCCAUCACCAUCCCCACAGAACACAGAGACCUCCAUCACCAUCCCCACAGAGCAGGUGAGACCUCCAUCACCAUCCCCACAGAACACAGAGACCUCCAUCACCAUCCCCACAGUACACAGAGACCUCCAUCACCAUCCCCACAGAGCAGGUGAGACCUCCAUCACCAUCCCCACAGAGCAGGUGAGACCUCCAUCACCAUCCCCACAGUACACAGAGACCUCCAUCACCAUCCCCACAGAACAGGUGAGACCUCCAUCACCAUCCCCACAGUACACAGAGACCUCCAUCACCAUCCCCACAGUACACAGAGACCUCCAUCACCAUCCCCACAGAGCAGGUGAGACCUCCAUCACCAUCCCCACAGUACACAGAGACCUCCAUCACCAUCCCCACAGUACACAGAGACCUCCAUCACCAUCCCCACAGAGCAGGUGAGACCUCCAUCACCAUCCCCACAGAACACAGAGACCUCCAUCACUAUCCCCACAGUACACAGAGACCUCCAUCACCAUCCCCACAGAGCAGGUGAGACCUCCAUCACCAUCCCCACAGAGCAAGUGAGACCUCCAU